AUGGGAUUUAGACUAAGUUUUAAUUCAAUAUCAUUUAUAUUGAUCUUGGUAUCAUUUGUAUUUUUAUUAUUAGCUACUAUUAGUUCACCAAUUGUUACUACUUUUAAUUUAGGUAAAACUUCAAGUCAUACUUAUGGUAUAUUUGGUUAUUGUUCAGAUAAUAAUUCACAAUGUUCAUCUGCAACUUAUCCUUUAUUAUUAAGUUCAAUAGAUGAUAAAAGUUCAAAUUGGAUUAUGAAUUCAUCAACAAGAGAUACUUUAGCCAAAAUAUUUAUAUUAACUCCUAUUGCACUUGGUUUUAAUUUUAUUUUAUUAAUUUUAAUUUUCAUUUCUCAUUUUGGUAUAAAACCAAUUGUUUUAAUUGGUAUUGCAAUUAAUGUUAUUUCUGCUAUUUUAACUAUUAUAAGUUGUAUUAUUGUUAUUUUAGUAUUUUAUCCAAAUUUAGCAUGGACUGGUUGGAUUUUAAUAGGUGCAGCUGCAGCUAAUUUAAUUUCUAUUAUUUUCAUGAUUUUAACAUUAACUAUAGUUGGAUCAUCAGAUAAUGAUGAUGAUGAUGAAGAUACAGAUCUCAAUGAAUUUGGUAGAUUUGGUAAUACUAAUAAAUAUGAUAAAUUGGAUGAUAAAUUUAAUCAUAUUCAAACUUCAACUUUUAAAAGUCCAAAUAGUACAAGUUCUUUAGAUAAUGAUUAUGAUUAUAAACCUUAUGGUCAUAAUAAUAAUUCUUAUGGUAAUUCAUCAUCAACUGGCUUUGGUAAUACAGCCAAUCGUGGUGGAGCCACAAAUAAUAAUAAUACUGGAUUUUCAGGUCCUACUGGAGUAGCAGCUGCAGGGCUUGGUACCGCUGGAUUGGCAUCAACAAAUGCUUAUGGUGUUAACAAACCCAAUAAUGGAGGUCCAAAUGGGUCAUUUACAAGUAAUUCAUCAUCAUAUUAUACUAAACCACAAACUGUAAAUGAUUUCACUCAAAGACAAAAUAAUAAUGGAAGUUUAACAAAUAUUAAUAAUUCAAAUAAUACUGGAUACAAACCAGUUAAUUCAAUUAAUCCACCAUAUCCAGCAGCAAAUACAAACACAAAUGCAAAUGCAGAUGUUAAUUCAACAUUUUCAAGAAGUGUUUUUGAACAUCAUCCACAAGUUGAAGGUCAUAAACCUUUCACUGAAUUAGAUGAUGAUUAUGAAGAUGAAGAAGACGAUGAAAAUAUAAAUACUGGUAGAACUAAUGUUAUUGUAACAACAAAUGAUUCAGAUGAAGAUUCAGAUUUUACAAGUGUAUCUCAAAGAGCUCCAAAUCCUCAAUAUAAUCAAUAUUCUCAACAACAACAACAACCACAACAAAAUUAUUAUAAUACUUAUUCAAAUGUACAACAAUAUCAACCAAUAAGUCAACAACAACAACAUUCACAACAACAUCCCCAACAUCCACAACAAGCUCAAUAUUCACAAACUUAUAACCCACAGCAAAACCAAUACAUGACAUCACCAACAUCAUAUAAUUCAAAUCAAUAUUUCAGUCAAAAUCAACCACCUCAACAACCUCAACAACAAAGAACAACAAUAUCAGAUAAUGUAUUAAAUAAUAAUCCAGAUUUUAAUUUUAGUAGAACUUUACAAUUACAACAACAACAACAAAAAAGAAGAGUGUCACCUGGUUUUAUACCAGUUGCAGCAAGGUAUAAUAAUAAUACAAAUAGUACAAAUGCUAAUGCUAGUUCAUUAAUGGGUAGAACUGGUGGUACACAAGCAAGAAGUGGUCCAUAUGGAAUAACUAGAAAUUAA